AUGGACAGGCAAGAAGUUUGUUUCCUUGUGCUAUUGGAUUUAAGCUCGGCGUUUGACACAAUUGAUCAUAAAACUAUUAUUGACGUACUGGAGUAUCAAUUUGGAGUGACGGACAAAGCUCUCGAAUGGAUAAAGUCAUUUUUCUCUAACAGAAAGCAGAGAGUUGACAUUGAUAACAAUUAUUCUGAAGUCUGCGAUGUCAGGUAUGGGGUUCCUCAAGGGAGCUGUCUUGGCCCUAUACUUUUUUACUUUACGUAUCCCAAUUAUAUGACAUUAUAGACAGACAUUUGCCUUCAUCUCAUGCAUGGUUAUGCUGAUGACACACAACUUUACGUUUCCUUUCGCCCGGACUGCGACGCUAAUCAAAAGAGUACUCUAUCUGUAAUGGAAGAUUGUAUCUCUGAUGUCCGUGCUUGGCUGGUGUCUCACAAACUAAUGUUUAAAGAUACGAAAACAGAAUUUCUUGUAAUCGGUACACCUCAACAACUUUCGAUACUUGAAAUUGGAGCCGUAAAUGUUGGUGGAGUCCAAAUUAAAUCGGUUGACAGUGUUCGUAAUUUGGGAUCGUGGUUUGACAAGCACAUGUCAAUAUCUGUUCAU